CGUAUGUAUAUAUAUACUACGACCUUAGCUUAUUUUAAUGAUGAAAUGAGUUACAUAUCACAUCAGUUGUUAUAUAAACCUAAUUAAACACCUUAUACACAUUUCAUUAUAUCAUCCAUCACCCCCUAUAUCAACUUGUUUCUCAUUCCCCGCAAAUCAAGCAUAGAAAGAGACUCUUGGAUCAUCAUCCCAAGUAUCUGAUUCUCAAGCCCUAAAAAAAAAGAUAAAUAUGUCCAUGAAAGGGAUCUCUUCAGCAGAGCCAGAUAAGCUCUCCAGGAGAAUAUCUUUGACCCACAAACGCAAUUCUGGUGAGCUUGACGUGUUCGAGGCCGCUGUGUACUUCUCCGGCUACAACGAAGCCUCCUCCGGCGACCAUAGAAACACACAAAAGUAUGGCUAUAACGCGGCCAGAGAGGAGAAUCGUAGGAAAUGGGGAAUAUUGGGAGGAGGAAGAAGAAUCAGCUUGGAUUUGCCAAUUAGAUGUUCAGAACAGGUGCACCAUCUUCACCAAGAUCAUCAUGAAGUUACAACAAUCAAGGACAGGCUCAGUAACGUGAGACACAAGCAACCUAGCUCACCAGGUGGGAAAAUCGCCAGCUUCUUGAACUCUCUAUUCCAUCAAGCAGGUUCAAAGAAGAACAAGUCCAAAUCCAAGUCGAAGCCAACGGAAUCCGAAGUGGAAGAGGAGGUCCCCGGAGGAGUAUCAUGGAUGAAGAGGAGGAGAAGAAGCAGUAUAAGCCAUUUCUUGAGCUCAAGCAGAUCUAAUUCAACCACCACCACGACAUCAUCAUCAUCAAAAUCUCUAAUCUCGUCAUCGAGCUCCGGUUUCAGAACUCCUCCUCCUUAUCUCAACACUCCCACCAAGAACUACAAGCAGUUCUUGAAUUACACUUCUGCCACAAAACAAGUGGUUGAAGAAGACAAAAAGACCAACAGAGAGUUCUCUUGGCUUGACGAGAAGCUCAAGGUGAUGGAGAGCCUCUCGGAGAAUCAGAGGAAUUGGGCUGAUGAUGAAGAUGAUGAUCGGAGAAUAAAGAGAGAAGGGUAUGAUGAUGGAAUGGAGAGUGAUUCAAGUUCUGAUCUCUUCGAGUUGCAAAACUACGAGUUAUCUCGUGGAGGCUUGCCAGUCUACGAGACUACCAAUGUAGCUAACAUCAACAACACUCAUAUAUAAUCCAAACUCUCUUGAGUGUACAUCAUAAACUCCAUCAGAUCUUGGUAAUAAUAACACCCAUAAAACAAAUUGUUUUUUUUUUCUUCGAUUUGUUCUUUGUCUGAUUGUUCUUCAGUUAUAUGUAAUUCUUUUGGAUU